GGAUGUUAUUUAGCAUUCAAGGUUGAGGUAAAAGUAGCUGAGAUACGAAGUGCGGACGAGCUGUUUGAUGUCUGUGUCUAAGUGCAGCUUUGAAAUAAUUUCUUUUAACAUAUACAGUAUUUAAACUAAUGUUAAUAUAAGUUAUAACACUUCUGAAAAUGUGUGACAAAAGUAUUCAUAUCUUGAGUGUUGGACAACUAACCUACAACAAACAAGGUUACUUCUGACUAAGUUCUCUACAUCACUGAAAACCGGAUCUAGUAAGAAUCCAUCCCGACUUUUAUUUUAAAAGUGGAUUGUACGAGCCACAUUUGAAAAUCUAGACGUUUCUUUCUUCGAAUGCUAUCAAUGAGAUUGGUGUCUUGCCGAUUUUUGAAGCAGCCAUAAAAAGGUCGUUACGAUGUUUGUUCGCCAGGAAUUGAACCUUGUCUCAGCAGAUAUUAAUCCUGAAUAGAUUUUGUUUUUAAAUCGAAGCCUGUAAAGUGUGAGCAUCAGGUAGCCCUUAAAGUUUUUUGGCUUGUGCCUGAACUCGCUUGUCUGCAGACUGCUGCUGCUUGUGUCUAAUUGCCAAUUUACGAGUUAUACUUACAGUGCAUCCUCCAAUUUUUCGUAAAAUUCAGUCACAAAUUGCUUGCAGUUACCUAGGUAGAGGUUAUUGUGGCUGUGUCAACUAGACAUUUCAUAAGUCAUUUGGUGUUCUUAUUAAGAGAUGAAAUAUCCUGUUGGACCCUUGUACAGCCCUUUGGCUGGAUUUGACACACUGAUUCAUCAGACCCUUGAAGAUGGUGGAGAACAACGGGACAAUUUGUCAAAGUUAACAGUAGCUUGCUGUAACAAUAAAAACUUGAUAAUCCAGCCAAAAGCUUUUGGAAUUCCACUAACUAAGUUAGUGAAGAAGACUUUUACAGAGUUUUCUGUUCCAUUUGUUUUGAUGAGAAUUUGUCAUUUUAUUGAAGAAAAAGGUGCUGAUAAGAUUGAUCUGUCACGGAGAUCUAAAAAUACGCAAUUGGUGGAAAGCUUGAGAAUAGCCUUUGAUGAGACUGGGAAUGCCCCAUUGGAAGCAGAAUGUGAUGUAUCAACUGCUACAGUUUUGCUAGAGAUAUUUUUACAUCAACUACCCGACCCUAUUAUUCCAAAAGAUACCCUUCCAGCUUAUGUUCUUGCAGUUCAAGAUAUACAGAAAGACAAGGAAGGCUGUAUCUUGAAAUUGAAAGGUCUGGUAGAAAAGCUACCAUUAGAUAAUUUCAACACUUUGAAGUUUAUUACCCAGUUUAUUUUCCGUGUGAAUCAAAAAUACAGUGAACGUGAAGAGAUUAUGAUCAUGGGAUUCAGUCUGGGAUCAAAAAUAUUCAGACUUGCUUAUGAAGGAGACAACCAUAAAAACCAGUUGGUUUGUAAUCUACUAAUGGAGCUCCUUGUUUAUGAUUAUAACAUCAUUUUUGAAAAUGGUGUUGACCAAUUAUAUGACGAUAAGCCAUUAAGAAGAAAAUGUAAUGAUGAUGAUAAUACUUUGGAUGCACAAGAUUCAGAAGUAGUUGCUUCAGCAUAUUCAUUUAAAUCUGUGGCGAGUUUUUGUUCAGCAUCAGCUGAUCCAUCAGUUAAUCUCAAGCCAUUAUCUAUUAUAAUUCCACCCAUGGAAAAAUAUGAUGCUGAAGAUGUUUCAUUAGAAGCUCGGGUACCAACACUUCUUGUUGACAGCAGUGUAGUUCAGAGCUUUAAGGAGCCAUUGGUGAAAUGCUUGGAUAUGCAUACCAUUCAACAACAAUCAUUACCUCACCAAGGUAGAAAGCGUAAGGAGCGUAGACCAUCAAAAGAAGAAUGCCUACUGAUACAGUCAAGCUUUGUUGAACGAAAAUCAGCUGACCCUGUAAUGUUUUGGGAGCUUUCUCAAAACAUCAGUCAAGAUGAAACAAGAAUUAUGGUAUCUUCAGAUACCAAAAUCAUAGAGACAAGAGAACCAAGUGUUUCUAUCACAAAAUGGCGUGACCAUCUAGGGUCUAUGCUCACAGCAGAACUGAGUCCUCACCCUCCAUUGGCUAAGCGACAAGAACUUGAAUCAUUCUUAGAAUUAGAAUAUAAGAUACCUAUCCAGGACAUUGUGGGACAAUCAGAUUCUCUUUUUGAAACGUGUAACGUCAGUGAAUUCCAUGAGGUUCAGCGUAGUGCAGAACGUAUGGCUCCACUCAAACAACCCUUAUAUCAGAAAAGUAUGCACACAGUAAAUAAUGUGAUGGACAAACAACUGAAACCUAAGUCAGAAUCCUGUGAAAAUCAAGUAGAAUCUGAUGUCAGAAAAAAUAAUUCUUAUUUUGGUAAAGUACCAGUUAAAACAUGCAAGAAUUCUGUGACAAAAAUGGAAGAAAGCUGUAAAGACAGCUUUAAAGAGAAUUAUGAAAGAAAGAAAUUUCCUUCAGAUAGACUUCACACACAACCUAACAGUAAAUAUCAUGUUGGUUGUGACAAAUAUGGGCAUUAUUUACCUAUGUGUAAACAUGGUUCUCAUCAAGGUUGUGAAAGAAUACCUGCUUUGCAAAGUGGCAGUAAACUUUCUCAUCCAUUGUUAGAAGUUCAUCCUGUCAACACUGUGGAUGCAAAUUAUUACAGUGAUGAUGAUACUAGUAAUGAAAACACUAUUCCUUCCUUUGAUUUCACGUUUUCAAGUGAUCGUGAAGAUGUUCAAGAACCUGUUCUUUCUGAGCAUCGUCACAGUUGGCCACUUACAACUAGUGGUUUGGAAGAUCCUAUGCUUUCACCAUCAUUUUAUCAUCUGAAGAAAACGAAUUCUUUUGAAGCUUCUUUAUCUCUAAGUGCUGGAAUUUGUCUUCCACAUCUUAGAUCUUUGGAUCCAAACAUACCUCCUUCUUCACCCAAAGACCAACAUGUUUUUACAAAUAGGGUGUUUAAAAAUAAGGAUAAAAUCACAUCUUCGAUUAAACAACUAACAAAGAAGAUCCAUAAACUAAAGAAGAAGAUUCGACAUUUUGAAGAGAACUUUGAAGGAGAUUAUGGUUUUAGACCCUCUCAUGCUGAUAAAAUGAAUUAUCCUGAAGUGAAAAAAAUGAUGACUGAGCUUAACAAACUUCGGAAAGAUCUCAAAGGUGUCAGGGAAGAACAACAGUUGGAACAAGAUUCUGGUGAUUAUAUUUUCACACGUUUUGUUGGUAAGAGUGGAACUGUGGGCCACAGUGACUUGUCAGACAGUUAUAAAUUCCCAAUGGAGAAAGUUCUUGAUAAGGGCAAGGCACAUUUGUCUGAAGAGAAAUGUAUUGCUAAUGUACCAGAAACUGUUGAGGGUAUGACAACAGACCAAAUGCUGAAGGAGGAAUUAGAUAUCCAGAGAGAUCUCUUGAGGUUUGAAAGAACUCCUGGUCGACCACUUACAGAUAACCAGAAAGAAAUAACGCAUCCUCUUUAUGACCGCUGUCGUAAUGUUAAACGUAUGUCUGGCAGGAUCAGUGUGUUUGGAAAUUCUCUAGGGAAAGAACCUGGAACAGAACUGCAACCUAUUUUGGAACAUGUUGCCAUGGACUUCAAAUCCCCAGAAAGAUCUGGAUCAUUGGGACAGAUUGAAAACUCCCCAUCCAAUCUAACAGAAGCAUCUCCAUCUGCUUUGUUGCCUCAAGAAGAACACGCAUGUGCAGCUAGUCAAAAAGGACAAGCUAUAUCCAAGCAUGAAGAAAAAUCGGUGACUGCAGAAUUCAAUAAUUCCAAUUUUCAUGAAUUGUCUCUGCCCGAAUUGCUUCAACAACGAAGGCAAACAAGACUUGAAAAACGAAGAUUAAGAAGGAUUUUGCGUGAAUUUGAAGAAGAGUUUCAGCAGAAAAAUGGAAGAAAAGUGCAGAAAGAAGACAAAAUUUCUGUGGAGCCUGUGUACAGUGAAUACAAGCAUACCAAGGGAAAACUAAAACUGUUAGAAGCUCUGGUAACCAAACAUGAACUUCACCAUAGAAUCUGAGAUUUCAAGACCAGCUUGAUCUAAUUUAUUUUUUAGAGAUACCAAUUACUUCUUUUCAAGUUAAU